AUGAAUGAAGAUAAAGAAGAAAGUUUGUAAAAUGGAUUUAUAUAUACAAUAUCGGAUCAGUUUUCGUUUUUGGCAUUCUGUACAUAAAUAUGUGAGAUGAGUUUUAUGUUGUAUCUAUGGUGUAAAAACGUGUAGAGAUUUAGUUUAGAGUAUGAGGAUUGUAUAAUAAAUAUGGUAGUGCACUUCUUAGAAUAAAAUAGUAUUAUAGAAGUUGAUUAAUUUUAGUUAGAGUAGAUGAAAAAAUAGAUGGGAGAAAAUUGAAAUGAGA